AUGGAUGUUGUUAAGGGGAAGGAGAAGAAAAAUUCUAUACUCAAGAAAUUAGAGAGUUAUCUGUCCAUGAAUAGACAGGCUAAAUCUUCGAUGAAAAUUAAGUUCUCCAAGAGUAAUUCGUGGAACUACCGCACAGCCAAGGCUUCAGCUUCAACCAAAGACGAUAAAAGGCUCAAAACAAAGCACCAAGUGGCUCCAAAUGGUUGUUUCUCUGUGUAUGUUGGACCGGAAAAGCAAAGGUUCGUGAUCAAGAUUGAGUAUGCGAAUCACCCUUUGUUCAAAAUGUUGCUUGAGGAUGCUGAAUUGGAAUAUGGAUUCAAUAGUGAAGGUCCUUUAAUGCUUCCAUGUGAUGUUGAUCUUUUCUGGAAAGUUUUAGCUGAAAUGGAUAGAAGUGAAGAGACUAAUCAUUCUUGUGGUGGUUUCGUGCAUGGCUCGUGUAGUCCCUUCAGUCCUGCUCUGGGCUCAAGGAGAAGUUCGUAUAGCCUUCUUACUCCCCCGCGAUUGCUUAAGAUAAAUCACUUUCGAGUGAGCUUCAGUGAGCAAUGUCAUGUGUAG